AUGGGAGGUAAUGUGUCACCUGGUGAUCCAGGUACAAGCCAGAAGGGACAAGAUACAUGUACAAGUCAAGAUGAACAGAUAGCAAGACAGCUUCAGCAAGAAUGGAAUGAAGAUAUUGAGCUUGCUUCCACUUCAAGUUCACAUCAAGGAAACGAUUCAGACAGUACUCUACAUGUCACAAGCACUUUGAUUAAAGAUAAGCAAGAUGUAAUCUAUGCUCUUUCUUCACAAGUGGAAGGAAAUGAUCAGUUUUUCAUAGCUACUCGACGAAAAGCUCCACUUUCAAGAAUUUUCUCCCUUUGGCAGCGCCAGACUAAAAAAAAGUCACCAACCUGUAGAAUUAUGGUAAAGUAUAGUGGCGAAGCAGGAAUCGAUUCAGGAGCAAUUGCAAAAGAGUUCCUUGAAGACACAAUCGAAAACAUAGCAGCAACUUUAUUUAAAGAUGGUGUUCCUGUUAACUCUACACAUCAUGUGCAAAACGGGGAUUUUCGUACCUGUGGUGAGAUGGCUGCUGCUUCACUAGCCCAAGGUGGACCACCACCAUGCUUUUUAGAUGAAUGUGCUUAUAACAGCAUUUUCACGGAAACAGAUUUGACAAAUGUCGAUGAAAAAGACUUGGCUGAAAAAGAAAAGGUAACACUUGCUAAUAUUACACUUGACUGUACCAAGCAUUCAGAUUUCAUAAUAGAGCACGGCUACACAGGAGUUGUCGACCAGAAGUUUAUCCAGGAUAUUAUAAAUUCAUUGAAGGUCAGAUUUGUUAGCGAUCGUAUGCUAUACAUGCAAGAGUUCAAGAAAGGUUUGGAUGUCUAUGGUCUUGGGGAUAUGAUCGAGACGAAUCCUGAUGCGUGUCGUCCUCUUUUUGUCAAGGAUUUCAAGAAGGAUUUGGUUCCAGAUGCAGAUUACCUUUUCUCCUUGAUGGAGCCUAUUUUCUCAGAAGAAGGAUCUACAAAACGUGUCAUUGAGGAGUCUAUAAUGGAUUAUAUUCAAGAUGUUUUGAUUGCCCUAGACGACACGCCAGUGUCAGGGUACCCAGCUGCAGUAGCUUGGAACCGCGACGAAUCUGAAAAUGAUGUACCCACAUCCGAAGAAUUGUUUGAAACCGCAGAGAUGUCAGUUGGAGGUGUCAUGGGAUGGCUUACCGGUCAAAGGCACAAGCAUGUAACGUCAAAGGAAAUGCCCACCAUAGGAAUAAAAUUUGAUCAUGAAUGUCUUCUCAGAAACCCAAACCACAAAGUAUGUUUCCCUUUGAUAGGGGCUUGUGGCAGGGAAUUAACAAUACCUGUUGUACACAUGGACAAGGCAGAGAAGUUUAAAGAACUCUUUAUUUUAGCUUACUGUAAGGGACAACCUUUUGCCAAACCGUAA